AAACAGUGCUGGAUCUGCUUCACGGUCGGGCGUUGCCAUUUCCCAGUUUGGUGCGAGUUUGUAAGAGGGCGAGUUCAAGUCUGGGUAAUUCUACCGAAAGGUGACGCAUUGACACAUUUAUUUUGAAUGAUGUCCACUGAAUGAGGAUGACUCUCCCGUCGUCGAUCAGUGGGCUGCAGCGCCUCUCGGUGGUCGUCGUGCUCAUGGGCGUGGCGGUCCGUCCCCCCGCCCUCGGCCUGGUGAUCAAGCACGAGCCCCAGCUGGACACGGAGCUGUACGUGGCGCCGGCGACGUACACGCGCAAGGACGGCAAGGCCCUGCCCAGCACCAUCAUCAUCUCGCGUCCCAUCGGCGUCCGCGACGAGCCGGAGAAGGACCCCCUGAGGGACUUCCCGCCGGACGCGCUGUCUUUCGUGGGCGCCGCCGACGACUCGCGCGAGGGCAGCAUCGACCUCAAGCACAACAUCAAGUUCUACAAGAUCGAGUGCACCAGCGGCCGCUCCUGCUCCUCCAUCAUCCCCGCCUACACCACGACGCCCCCUCCCCUCAACCUCAAGCCGCUGAGUGACGAGGAGCUCAAGGAGUACCUCGAGCAGUUCAGCCUCCGAAAUGGAUUCCAGUAUUCCGACGACUUCGAGUCGAGCGGCAGCCCGUCCGUUCCUGAGGAGUCGGACUUCGACGGCGCGAGUGAGGAGCGGGCGUUCGGAGGGCACAGCGACCGGGGCUACUGGCCGGGCUCGAGGUUCCGCCCCGGGUCGCAGCCUUCGAGGGGGCAAGUGUUCAAGUACCAGUCGGUGAGCGGGUCGAGGGACCACGAGACGCAGGACCCCUUCCGGUCGCCGGCAGUGACUUGGGACCAGAUCUCGAGCGACUUUCCUUCGAGGCCGACCAACAGCUGGGACAGGCUGUCGAACAAGAGGCCAAGCAACGCCCAGUCCUACGGCCCCUUCCCCACGCAGAAAACCCGCCGGCCGAGCGAGAAGAACCCACGCCCGCAGAUGCUGAAGCCCCUGGCCCCGCACGACGACGCCAUUCUCCCUCCGUACGGCCCGCCUCGGCCCCCGCCGCGACCCACCAAGCGGCCCGCAUCCUAUGACGGAGUCUGGAACCGAUACGGCAUGUCCACGGUGUCGCAGCUGGACCGCGACACGGGGAGAUGGGUGAAGAUCUCCUCCAGCAACACGCAUCUGGACCAAAAGCCCUACAGCGAGCCGCCUCGGCCCUCGGACCCUCAGCGGGCGCCGACCCACCACGCCUCCGCGAGCCUCACGGUCCUCGGCGUGAACGACAGGCAGCCCCACUCCUUCCCCAGCCACGAGCGCAACAGCUCCCACACAGUGGAGGUGCCCAGCGCCCUCCCGGGCAACCCUCCGGAGACGAUCGAAACCGGCGGGGGUUACGCGCAAAGCUUCGCUUCGGUGCCUCUGUCCGUGAUCGCCCCGGGGCUGUUUCGCCCCCUGACCCCUGCCCCGGCGUCCUCCAUCGAGUCCACGGGCGUCGCCCACGUGAGUGUUCCCCUUUAUCUCAUCUCUCCCCCUCCCCUCACUGCAGCUCUCUCUGACGAACCCAAUACCACCACAACCUCUAGUACCACCACUACCACGACUACCGCACGCCCUCCUCCCACCACCACCACCAGGCCGACCAGCACCAGCACAACCGCAAAGCCACCCCAGCAGGCGCCUGCCGGGUUCUUCGACAACCCUUCUGCUGUCAUGGCUGCCGUGGGAGCCGGCCUCAUCCCUGCCACUUUCGCUGCCCUUUUGCCCGUGUUCGUUGGAGGCCGCAGGAGGCGCAGACGCAGAUCUGUCGUUCCCGACGGCCUGGACCCCAGUCGGAGAGGGUCUCCCGAGAAGCAAGUGGCUGAAGUGAGCCCCGGGGUGUGGCGGGCCCUGGACGCUCACCAAGACAACGCCAGAUAGUUUGACCCGCGGCUUAUUCUGACUUCCUGACGCAGACAUUCUUCAGACGGUACUGACGACACCUUUGUACUCUGAGACGCAUGCUGAUGGGAAAGACGCUUCUCGACUGACCUUUCAUCUUUGCCAUACGAUGACUUUUCCCCCCGUUUCCAAAAUGUUCAAAGCAUUUCCCGAUUCUAUGAACAUGAACUCUUGUGAAUAAUAGAGCCAGCUUCUCAAAUCUUUAAUCAAUGAUCGUCA